AUGGCUCCUUUCAAAGCACCUGGGCCGGAUAGCUACCACGCAGGGUUCUUCCAAAAAUCAUGGUCAGUAGUGGGAGAUGAUCUAACGAAAUUUGUACUUGAAUUUAUGAAAUUCGGGAUCCUACCAGAUGGCUGCAAUAACACAAUACUGACCCUGAUCCCCGAGAUCUCAAGUCCAAAAACGGUCAAGCACCUCUGGCCGAUUAGCCUUUGUAAUACCACCUACAAACUCAUUACGAAUGUGUUAACGAAUAGAUUGAAAGGUGCGAUCCAAAAACUAAUAGGGCCCCACCAAUCAAGCUUCGAGCCUGGUAGACAGAUAGCUGACAACAUUCUGGUUUAUCAGGAGGUCCUGAACCUUAUGAAGUCUAAAAGAGGUAGCUUGGGACUAAUGGUUCUGAAGAUCGACCUAGAAAAAGCAUAUGAUCGCGUAACUUGGGCAUUCAUCGAAGAGACCCUCCAGGAAGCUGGCUUCACUCAGCUGGAUUACAAUCAUAAUGGCUUGUGUUACAACGUCAAAAUUAGCCAUCAAUAUCAAUGGGAAGCAGUCAGAUUGGUUCAAGCCAAAGCAGGGGGCAUCCGCCAAGGAGACCCAAUAUCCCCGCUGCUCUUUGUCUUCUGUAUGGAGCGCUUAAGUCAUCUAAUCAGUGAGAAGGUCAACUCUGGAGAAUGGAGAGGCAUUCAAAUGGCAAGAGAUGGCCCAUGGUUACCCACCUACUAUUCGCAGACGAUAUGGUGUUGUUUGGAGAAGCAAUAUCCCAGCAAGCCCGAAUCAUUAAACAUUGCCUUGAUGCUUUUUGUGACGCUUCGGGCCAACGUAUACUUGGGGGUACCCUCAUUGCAUGGAAGAUUGAAACAGGAGUCCUUUGAUGGGCUGAUUCACAGAAUUCGGGGCAAACUAGAUGGCUGGAGGAUGAAGACCUUAUCAUUUGCCGGAAGGAGAACACUUGCGCAGUCAGUACUAUCGGAUUUGAGGGCGAGAGGAAGUGCAGUCUCGUAUCUUGGGAAAGUAGUUGUGCAAGACAAAGAUGCGGGGGGCUUAGGUUUGCGGAGGCCUAGAAGCGAUGAACUCUGCCCUUAUAGCCAAACUGGGAUGGAGGUUGCAAGUAGGGGACGACUGCUUCUAGACAAGAAUCUUAGAGCUAGGUAUCGCAUUCAAAGCCUAGAUCCAGCUACAUGGCAACCUCGAUCAUCCAUGUCCAAUGCAUGGAGGGCAAUCCUGAAGGUGAUACCGCUAUUAAAAGAAGGGACCAGAUCUGUUGUUAGAAACAACAUGGCUACAUUGUUUUGGCUUGAUGCAUGGCUUGGCCAUCGACCUUUGAUCGAAGCAGUUUUUGCUGUCCUACCAUUACCAGACAAACUAUCAGCAAUAUCAUUGAUCGACGACGAUGAGCAGCAUGACGACUUAGGUUGGGGUGAUGAGAAGACGGGUCGAGCAGGCUGUGGAGGUUUAGGUAGAAAUGAGAGAGGAGACUGGGUUGCAGGCUUCGUCCAUGGAAUUGCCUACUUCGAAAGUGACUCAAAGAGGAUCGUCGACGCUAUUUCCCAGGGGGCAGCAGUAGGGAAUGUUGCUAGCAAUGUCCUCCAUGCAUGCAAGCAAGAGCUGGGAAAGUUAUCUGCUUGGAACCUAACCUUCGUGCCCAGAGAUCAGAAUCGUGUUUCAGACUUACUAGCAAAGAAAGGUGCUGGCCAAAAAGGGACCGUGAUUCUUCAUUAUACCCCUGAGGAUAUUGGGCAACUCCUAAAGGAAUAUAAGGUCGGAGUGCCAAUUUGA